AUGGAAAGUAGCAAGAGCAAGAGCAAACACAAGAAAGAGCGAGUUGUGAUCCUAGGCUCCGGCUGGGCAGGCUAUGCUGUUGCUCGCACCCUUGACCCAGCCAAGUAUGAGCGUGUCGUGGUGUCGCCGCGGUCCUACUUUGUCUUCACCCCGCUGCUAGCGUCCACCUCGGUCGGUACCCUCGAGUUCCGUACCAUCUUGGAGCCCGUACGUCGUCUGCCUCAGGUGGAUUUCUUCCAGGGCUGGGCCGACGAUGUCGAUUUCGAUACCAAGAUGGUCCGCGUCGAGGUCAACACCUCUAGCGACAUGGGCAGCCAGACAGUCAUCCCGCCGCCCCCGGGUCAGGCUACCGAGAACCCUUCCAAAAAGGGCGACGUCUUUGAUCUCUCGUACGACAAGCUCGUCAUAGCCUGUGGCUCCUACAGCCAAACCUUUGGCAUCGAGGGGGUGCGGCAGCACGCCCACUUCCUCCGCGACAUCGGCGACGCGCGACGCAUCCGGCUCCGCGUGCUGUCGCUAUUCGAGCUGUGCUCGUAUCCGAGCGGCGCCGGCCUGCUCACCGACGACGACAAACGCACCCUGCUGCAUUUUGCCAUCGUAGGGGGCGGGCCCACGGGCAUCGAGUUCGCCGCGGAGCUGCACGACCUUAUCUACGACGACCUCGCCCGGCUCUACCCGGACCUCCUCCGCUUCGUGCGCAUCGCGGUGUACGACGUCGCGCCCAAGGUUCUGCCCAUGUUCGACCAGGCCCUGGCCAAGUACGCCAUGGACACGUUUGCGCGCCACGGCAUCGACGUCCGCACAGAACACCACCUGGAGCGGCUGCGGCCGGCAGACGGAGACCUCGGCAGCCGCCACGGCGCGCUGCGCAUCAAGGUCAAGGAGCUCGGCGACGACGAGGUUGGUGCCGGCCUUGUGGUCUGGAGCACCGGCCUCAUGCAGAACCCGCUGGUGGCGAAGCUGACCGGGAAGAAGCUGUCCGCCGCCGGCGGCACGGGGGAAGCCGGGCAGCGCUUGGCAACAGACGUUAGGACUGGAGGGCUCGUCACUGACGCAUACCUGCGGGCGCGGACGACCUCGAGCGAAGGCAACGAUUCAGCUGCUGGCGCUGGUGCCCCCCCGGCCGCCGCCGGCAGACUCUUGGAAGAUGUCUUUGUAAUCGGCGACUGCGCCAUCCUCGAGAACGACCCGGCCCUCCCCAAGACGGCGCAGGUGGCAUCCCAGCAAGCGAUUCAUCUCGCCAAGCGCCUGAACCGCGGCGACGUUUCCGGCAAACCGUUUGCCUUCCGCAACUGGGGCACGCUCACCUAUCUAGGCAGCUGGAAGGCGAUCCAUCAGAGCUCGGCCGACGAGCUCAAGGGCUGGGUAGCCUGGGUCAUCUGGCGAGGUGCUUAUCUAACUAAGUCAAUGUCGGUCAGGAACAAGAUCCUGGUGCCUGUGUACUGGGCUAUUUCUUGGCUCUUUGGUCGUGGCAUUAGUCGCUUUUGA